AUGGUCCAGGAAGUACGCAACAGUGGAGGGAUGUUGCGUAAAAUCGGGCGUCCCUUCCUGGAAUAUCAGACUUGGCACUUUAAAUACUGGACGCUCCAUGGAGAUCGUCGACAUGCUGGAAAGCAAAGGGUUGACAUCUGUUCUCUGCAGGAAACAAGAUGGAAAUCAAAUGGUGUCUCUCAUUGGGCGUUACAAGUUGUUCUGAAAUGGCUAAAAGACAGCCCAAAAUGGAGUGGGAAUCUUCAUAUGGGAAUCACUGACACAAAAUGUACUGGAGAUGCCAAAAGUGACUUCUGGAACACACUCUCAGAUACCGUCAGGAAAACACCAUCAUCAGAGAUACCAUUGAUAUGUGGCGACCUCAACGGCCAUGUUGGAGGUAAAGCAAAUGGGUUUCACGGUGUCCAUGGAGGCUUUGGCUACGGGUUUCAAAACGAAGACGUUAUAAGGAUUCUGGAAUUUGCUGAAAGCCAUGAACUCUUUCUGUUAAACACUUAUUUCAAGAAGAAGCAGAACAUUUAA